UUUUAACAAAUCCCUGCGUACGGUUCUGAUACUUAUUAUUUUAAAAAAACUAGCUAUAAAAUGAAACUGUGAGAGACAAUUAUUAUACUGUUCUGUUCAAAUCUACUAAACCAAGAUGAAGUCCUUGUUAAUUCUGGCUGUGGUCUGCUUAACAGCGACUGCAUUUCACAGGCCUGAACACGACAGAGUACAGCAGACGAUAGCAGAAUGCCAGAAAGAAACCGGUUCAACUGUAAACGAACUCGAAAAUGUUAGACUUGGGAAGAUAAACCCUGGUACCGGCAAGCAAGUUCUUUGUGUCCAUCGUAAAUUGGGAUUCAUGGAUGAGAAUGGUGACAUUCUUGCUACUCCAUACAAACAACACGUUGAAAAUAUUACUUUCGACAAGGGUCGUCAGCAAGAGUUCCAAGCAUGUAGCAAACCUGAAGGAGAAAAUGCCGAAGCUAAAGCUGUUAAUUUUGAUAAAUGCUUCCAAUCUGUUUUACAAAAAAUGGGCCGUGAUUGAUUUAUCUUAUGAAUUUAUUUAAAAAAAUUAUAGUGUAUAAUGUGAUAUAAUAAAAUAUAUUCCGUUCAUUUAAA